CUUUUUUUUCGUUUUUCUCUCAUCAUGCCUAAUGAAAAAAUUCGUUUACUUGAUGCUAGUGUGAUACAUCAACUACGCUCGUCACUUGUCAUUAACACGCUAGUACAGUGCGUAAAAGAACUUGUUCAAAAUGCACUUGAUGCGAAUGCAACAGUGGUAGACAUUUUGCUUGACGUUGAGAAAUUCAGUGUUCAAGUCAAUGAUAACGGACACGGUAUACAAAACCUGAGAAAAAUUGGACAGAGGCAUGUGACAUCAAAAUGUCAUACAUUGUCUGAUGUCAAUCAAUUAAAAACAUUUGGAUUCCGAGGCGAAGCUUUGGCUUCAAUUAUAAAUGAAUCAAUGACUCAAAUUAUUUCCAGACAUUCUUCUUCAAAAGAAACAUUUGAAGGCUUUUGGCGAGAUGGCAAGAUUAUUGGUGACAUUUCAGAGUCGAAAUACACACGAAAAAAUCAUCCAGGCACAAGUGUUAUUGUUCGAGAUUUGUUUUAUAAGUAUCCAGUGAGAAGACGACAGCAGUUGCUGAAUGCUUAUCAACAUGUGGCUAUUAUGGAAUCAAUAAGGCAACUUGUGAUUGAUUUUGCACUUUGUUUUCAUCAUGUCAGUUUUACGCUUACAGAUAGUACUCGAGAUUCAACCAUUUUGGCUACAAAAAGGUCAAACACAAGCUUGGAUAUCUUUCGACAAUUGUUUGGUCUAGAUAUGGCAAAACAUCUCAGACAAUUGGACACACAAGACAAUGAUAUUCAAGUACAAGGCUAUUUCUCCACUCGGGGGUUUCCAAGCAAGACUUAUCAAUUCAUAUAUCUCAAUCAUUACUUUAUUCCAACUCAUAAUGAACUAUACAAGGUAGUCUCUGAAAUGUUUUCCAAUAGCAAGUUCUCUUCUAUGGAAAAAGAACAAGUAUCCACUACAUCAAAAGGAAAGGAUCGGUUUGUGCAAAAGAAUCCUAUCUUUAUGAUCAAGUUUGCUUGUCCUAAAUGGAGUAGUUAUGACAUAUUUAUGUAUCUGGAAAUGUUGAAUGAAUUCGCUUGUUUCCCUCAAAUCAAGUUACUACUUAAACAACUGACUGUGCAGUUUUUAAGGCUUGUUGGGUUUCUUGGCGAGAACGAAACUGGAGAAAGACCAAAAAGCCAAAAGCCAAAACGAUCUAUAGAUAAGCAAAUCAAUAGCCCAUAUUUGUCGCACACACCUUCUGCUACUUCUUUAACCUUUAGUGAUGUAAGUGAUGUUAACAAGAAACGGCCACGCGAAACAGAUUCAGAUUUCUUUAAUUGGUGGGAUCCUAGUCAAGAAAAGCUAGUUUACAUUGAUUCAAAAACAGGCAAUACCUAUAAUUCCAUCUCACACGAUUCCCACACUGAAAAAGGACAUCAAAACAAAAUUGAUAGGUCCCGCUUAAAAAGAGCAAAAAUAACUCAAGGCAAUAAUGUCUUAAAUGAAACAAAAGCAAUCAGUAAUUGGCUUGUCCCUCCUUCUUUAGGUAUACCCAAUAAAUUAUCGAAGCAUGAUUUACAGCAUGUCCGAGUUCUCGGGCAAGUGGAUAAAAAAUACAUUGCUGUCAAACUCUUAAACAAUAACCUAGUCAUGAUAGAUCAGCAUGCAGCAGAUGAACGUGUCAAGCUAGAGGAACUGCUAAAGACAGAUGUGCCAUGGCAAGUCUCUGUUCUUGAGCCAACGAUUCCAGUUCAAUUGGAUUCCCUUGCUGAGUAUCAAAUCGUAACAUCCGAUCGUACUUUGAAAUGCUUGAAAAUGUGGGGUAUUCAUAUUACCGCUACAACAAACAGUACAACAUCUCGAUCUCGGUUCUUUAGUACAACAGUAAACGAACCAGAACAUGCGUAUCGAGUUUAUGUAACACAAUUGCCGAGUGUUAUUGUUGACAGAUGUAUUAUGAACCAUACGCUUUUAAAGCAAGUGAUAUGCGAUUAUGCUUAUUGGAUGAUGGAGCAAAGAGAUGAAGCAACGCUAGUCAAGACAUGUCCAAAAGGAGUCGUGGAAAUUUUGAAAUCAAAAGCUUGUAGAAGUGCUAUCAUGUUCAAUGAUGAAUUGGAUUUAGCGAAAUGUGAACAACUUGUCAAGAGGUUGUCCAAAUGCAACUUCCCUUUUCAAUGUGCUCAUGGAAGGCAAGUGUGUUUCCAAAGAACUAUUUUGUAAUUUCACAAACUUUGCCUAGACCUUCGGCUGUUCCAAUUGAUUUGAAUCAUCUUCAUUCCUCUAUGUACUAUAGACCUAAGAGACAAACUCAAUGGCAUAGAUUAAUAUAG